UCUGUUAAGGUCAAUGACCGCUAGUUUGGCAUCAGACUGAUAAUACAUUUUGAAUAGGUAACGCCGCCUCUAUCUUUACUCUAUGCUCCAACCACCUCUACGGGACGCAAACAACGCGACCCGGUCGACUCUCGCACCGUGCCGGUCAUGGCAACCGUGUGGAUCGUGUCGCCUAAGACGUACGGUCAGCGGAAAAAGGCCGAUCAGACAUCCAUCAUCGGACCGUCGGACCAAUAGCACAUCGUUCGACGUAAUACAAAUCGCCCGAGCAGCACCAAUUAGUUGCAUUGUUGUAACUUGUAAUAUAAUAUAAUACUUAUAUAGUGACAUACGUAAAGUUUUUGUGCUGUGCUUUUUAAUCACCUCAAUCCAAACCUACAUUACGUACGGACCACGAUCAACCAGCAUUCAAUCACCGGGUCCGCGUCAAAUGGCUCCCCGCAGAAUAAUUUGUCCGGUCAGCGAAAAGGAUCGUAUCAUGCAUAAACCCACAAAAUUGGAAAGAGUCAACUUAAAUGAUAAUCUAUUGGAUGGCGCAUUCAAUAACCGAAUACAAGUUUUACCGGGUCAAAUAAUACAAAGUGUCAAUGGGCAGCAACUGUUUAUUCAUUCCGCUGCUCAAAAUGCAAGCCAACUAAUACAAUGUGGUUCACAGAACAAUCAACAAUUUCAGCUACUACCAUUUUCCUCAACACAACCACAAUUGAUUCAAGCUAAUGGGCAAACAUUUAUUUUUCAACCGAUACAAGUUGGUAAUGCACAAGUUAUUCCACAGCCAAUGUUAAUUAACAUAAAUGGGAAUAUAAUGCAGUUGGAUAAUACAAUAACUAAUAAUUCUCUAAACGUGGUUACACAAUCAGCUAUAACCACUCCUAUAGAACAAGUUCUUCAACAAAAUAGUUUAAUGAUUGUACCAAAUAAUACAAUUAGUAUUCAACAAGAGAUACCUUCAACACUCGAGCCUGCCGAAGAAGCACCGUUAUAUGUAAAUGCCAAACAGUAUCAUAGGAUUAUGAAAAGAAGGCAAGCUAGAGCAAAACUAGAAGCUGAAGGAAAAAUACCCAAAACUCGACAAAAAUAUUUGUAUGAAUCUCGUCAUAAACAUGCUAUGAAUCGUAUACGAGGAGACGGUGGUCGUUUUCAUUCUGGAUCAAUGGAGAGAAUAAAUAUGUCAAACAUUGAAAUUCAACAAAACCAACAGUAUCAAAAUCCAAUAAUCAAACAUUGUUACUCUCUGGCUGUUAAUCAACCAUUUGAUAACAUAUAAUAAGUACAAUUGUAUAACAGUUUUAUUUGUAGUACAAAUAGCACGGGAAUUGCACAUAUUAUCUGGAUUUUUUUUUAUUUACUUAAAAUAAGUUUAAAAUGUAAAAUUAAUUAAUUUGUAAGUACUUUUAAUUUUUUUUUUUUAAUUACAAUUAUAACAAUAUAGUUUUAAAUACUGAUCAUACA